GGUAUAUAAAUAAAAAGAAAAAAAUGCAGUGGGAACACAUCCCAGUGGGCAUGUUUGCAGCCAUGACAGUGUUAGAAGAACAUCUAUUGCCGAGUGUGCCAGGGUUUGUGGGUUUUGAAAAACAAAAAGAACAAAUGGAACUAGGAAGCCUGAUCCAUCCAUAGCCAACAAAGGCCCUCUCAGGCCCUAUUUUGUGUAUUUGAAGCUGAAUGGACGAAGGCCUUAUUUUCUCAACUGUGGAUGUAGCAAGUGGUUUUGGAAGUGAGAAAUGGAUUCUAUGAGAACUCAUGCUUCAACUUUGGUGACAUGGCGCAUGAUAAAGGCAAUUGACGUGCUUCGGCCAGCAAGACCACCAGCUGCAGUGACUACAACUACAGGUUUUGGUGCAAUCGCCUUUUCCUUCCUUCAUCAAUCUCUGGUAGAAUCGGUUUACAAUACUUCCUCUCCCGUGCUUCUCCCGUUAGUCAUCGCCCAACUCCUUGAGGAGAACACUUUCAGAGGAAGGACUGCAGACUUCUUCUACAUGCUCUUUUUUGGAGCCACCGUGCUAACCGGAAUUGUUCUCAUUGGUGAAAUGAUACCUUAUGUCUGAGAGUCAUUUGCAAAGAUCGUCUUUCUCAGCAACUUACUAACAUUUAUGAUGGUAUAUGUUUGGAGCAAGCAAAAUCCCUACAUUGGCAUGAGCUUUUUGGGUCCUUUACUUUCACAGCUGCUUAGCAAAUUCUAAAUAAAAUAAUGGAGAUCUCAGGAA